AUGACAUCGAGUCCCCUGCAUUUGCCCAUCACCCUACGGCCCGGCGGCAUGAGGGAGCUUGAUACCGAGCAAACGGGAUACCCCGUAACAUCUCUCCCUCCCAUCUUCCCACGCCCCCGCGGAACGGGAACAAGGAGACCCAGAAAUCUUUCGAUCGAGCAGCCUUAUGAGCUCCCCGUCAAGAGCUUGAAAGCCGCAUCGACAGCUGCCAGGCGGCCGCCCAAGAAGAUGGAGGACAUUCCCGUGACUCCGAGUACUCAACCCCCCGAAUCCUACAAUGACUUACCGACUGUCAGUCCCCCCGGGGGUAGCAAUCUAGGAGGGAGCCUCAGGAAGGAACGCGGCGCAAUAGCAGCGCAGUGCAGCACCUGCCAGAAGUUCCGCCUCGAAUGUAACUACCGAGAACCCCAACCAACCAAGAAAGAUAAGACGAUGGUCGAGAUUCUGGAUCGAAUCAAGAGCCUGGAGGUCAAGCUUGACAAUCUGAGCCAGCGCUCCGCUAUGACGCCCUCAAUAUUGGGGCUCACAAUGCCAGCCUCGCUACCGUCACCGCUCCCAACCACACUGGGGUCGGGGUCUGUAGGUCAACCCACGGAUCCCCCGUUUCAAUUCCCCAACAUCUCGAACGCCACGCCGGGGGGAGAUAAUCAAUAUCGAUACGUCUCGUCCGUCCAUCAGAUGCUCAAAUGGCCAGCGAUGCAGCAGCUUUUGAUGUCGAUACAGCCAAAACUUCCGAAUAUCGACUUGUCAGUCUUAGAGAGAGAGGGCCCAGCAAGCAUGGUCGCUCUUCGCCGGUCAUCCAUCAACAGUCUACCGACAGACCCCUCUACGCAGCCCGGCCGAGGUUCCACCAUCAGCGUCCACGGAUCGGUCGCGGGCCAGAAUUCUAUAACCGUUUCCGACUUGAACUGGGAAACCAUGCAGAGACUAGCCAAGGCUUAUUUUGACAGCUUCAAUCUCCUCUGCCCCGUCCUCAACCGACAACCCUUCGUGUCUGAAACUUUACCCGCGCUCUUCAAUAGAGGAUUCGACGAUAGCAUGGCCUCGACUAUUGCAUUUCUCGUUUUCGCUCUGGGGGAAGUUGCCAUUGCCGGUUACGAAGGUUCACCGAUUCAUGUGUACAAUGGCCGUGCCAGCGGUAUAAAAGGGGGUACCAAAGAGGCGCCCCCCGGGUUACAUCUUUUUAACGAAGCCCGGCGACGGAUGGGUUUUAAUCUUACUUCAUGCAGUCUCGAGAACGUCCAGAUUUUUGAACUUGCUAGUGGCUUAAACCUUGAACUCGGCUUUCCGCUUACCGGGCUGGAGAGGAUGGAGUCUACCGUUGGGCUGCCUGACUUUAGCGGGCCAUACAUGGAGGACGACCACCUGAGCAACCAGGAAUCGCACUUCCAGGAGCACUUUGCCUCUCAGAUUGUCCUCCGCCGGCUUCUGGUCGACUUCCACGGUGCCUUGAAUGUGAAUCAGAGUCACACGGAUCCGUCAACACUGGGCCAAAUGUCAGCAGGCCCCUUCAGCCCCGCGCCACCAACCUACCCCAGCGUCAACGAAACCACGAUCCGCCCACUUGCAACCCAACUCGAAGAAUGGCGCGGCAUGCUCCCCGCGCACCUCCGCUGGCACGACGACGCGCCCGGCGUCUACCCCAACGCACCCGUCGAUCUCUACACCCCCACCACAGUAAACUCCCUCUUCACCCCCGCCACGACCCCCAUCUCCCCGGCCAUCCCCACCACUAGCGGCGGCACCACCACCUCCCAACAACGCCAACUCCACCAACCCCCCACCUCCGCCACGCCCACCGCGCCCCGCGCCCCCACCGCCCCCCUCAUGUUCACCGCCGACCUCGACGCCCCCGCCACCCGCUACCCCUACGUCCUCGACGUACAGGUCGCCCUCCUCCGCUCCCGUUACUACUACACUAAGUACCUGAUCCACCGCCCCUUCGUCUACAAGGCCCUCCACCACCCCACCGCCCUCUCCCACACCGACGCCGCCGGGCGUCGCCACCUGCCUCAAAGCCGCCCUCAAAUGGCCCGUCGCCAUGUCGCCGACGUGCCGCAACAAGCGGCUGGUGCCGUGCUCGUUCUUCUUCACGCAGAACUUCUUUGGCAUUUUGGUGUUGUUGCAUCUGAGUACGACGGUGCCGACGCUGAGUCAGAUACGGGGGACCUUGUGUGGUGGGGAGAGGUUUGA